AUGAUCGUGGUGAAGAUUUUAGCUGUUCCUUCCAAAGAAGCAGAACUCGAAAGACGUAUGAUGGGAGGCAUGGGAGACUUGAUGGGAGGUAUGGGAGGCAUGGGUAACAUGAUGGGAGGAUUAGGAGGAGGAGGUGGUGGUGGUGGCGGUAAGGAUAAAGAUAAGAAAGGGAAAGGUGGUGGCAGUGGGAUGCCAGAUUUAGGUGCAUUGAUGGGUGGUGGUAAAGAUAAAGAUAAGAAAGCAGGUGGUGGUGGUGGUGGCAUGCCGGAUCUAGGUGCAUUGAUGGGUGGAGGAGGGGGAUCAGUCGAUAACAGUGGAGGUGCUAAAGCUGGUAAUCCAGAUAGUAAACCUACAGGAGGCGCUGAUUCUGGAGCUGGAGGUGGACUAGGUGGUAUGUUAGGCGGACUUGGUGGUGGUGGUGGCAUGCCAAAUCCUAUGGGAGGUGGUGGUGGUGGAUCAGGUGGCGGGAUGCCAAAUCUCAUGGGAGGAGGAGGAGGAUCAGGAAUGCCAAAUCUUAUGGGAGGAUUAGGUGGAGGUGGUGGUGGGGGGGGUAUGCCAAAUUUCAUGGGCGGAGCAGACUAUGAACAUCAUCAUCAUCAUUGA